UCCCCUCCUUCCACUGCCCUUCGUCUUCCCCUGAUGCCUUCCAUUCAGACAUAAGUUGCCAUUCCCCUCCACCCCCAUAGCAAUGAUCCGUCCAGGAAAACUCUGGCUGCCGAGGACCCGUAGAUAAAUCCUCCUGGGGACGCCGGUCUGUUUACGAUGGAGAAGGAACGCAGAGCUUCCAAUCAGUACGGAUCCCUCGAAACCACUAAGUGGAAGCAUUCGGAGAAAGCUACAGGUGAAGAUGUCAUCUCCAUGGCAGAUUCUACGACGACAGUGGAUGAUAUUGAAGAUGAGUUAUUUAAAAUUGAACGAAUCCGGGAGAUCCUAGUGAGGAGAGAGUCCGAGCUCCGGUACAUGAUGGAUGAUUUUCAACUUUGUAAAGAGAUAACGAGGCUCAAAAAGGAGCUACAGCAGCUGGUCUCCAUACCCGAGAAGGAGAAGUCCAGCGAGGAUCGUCAGCGAGAGGAGGAUCUCCUCCAACGUAUUCACAAACUAGUGGAAACCCGGGAUUUCCUAGUCGAUGAUGUGGAGUUCGAGAGAUUGAGGGAGAGAGACGAAGACAAGGAAAUGGAUGAGUUCCUGCAGAGCAAAUUGUCCAAAAGUUACCUGAAGAAAGCAGUCCCCAGGAAAGAGAAGACGUCGACCACCACCUCCCGUGCCCAGCAGACUUCCACCCCUUACGUUACGAAGACGGGACUUACUCUUUUAAAAGAGUGUUGUGGGUUCACCUGUUCCAUCAUGUAGCACCGCUGGCCAAUAACACCAAUAUGAAGGCUCUUCAGGGCUUGGAUCUGAUUUACCUCCACCACCACCACCACCAAGACACCAAAAUGACCUUCACUUCUAUCACCAUUCUAGUAUCAUGUGGUGGAACCUUUCUACAGCCAAAGUGUCCGUGGCAUAUCUUAAAGCUACAUGUGACAGUCCUGCUUUGAUGGAUCAUUGGCUAUUUCUUCCACUAAACAUGGUCAACUGUAUAUUUCCCCCCCCCCAAUAGCUUCGACUCCACAUACGGUGUAGCUCAACCAUACCAGUACCGUAUGGAAGAAUCUUCCAGGACGAUGGGUUAAAGGCCUCCUCGGACAUUCUACAACUUAAGCAGCAAACGAAAGUGCAUACAAAGUGCGUGGUAAUUGUGCGUUGCGUCGUGUAACAUGACCUCUGGUGAAAAUCUGUUUUCCGAUAUGGCGUUUCUUCGCUCUUCUUCUGUUGCUUGCGAUGUUCUCCGGUUGUGAUGAAAUAAACCGAAUGUAAUGGUU